AUGACGCAGACAACGUUGGAUGAGCUGGGUCAGGCGCUGCAAGAGGAGUGGAACAGACUACCACAAAUCGUCAUUUGUGACUGGGAAUCAAGGCCCUGUCGACAAGACGACUUUGUCUACAAGGAAACAGAUAUGGGCAGAUGUUUCACAUUUAACGUGAAUGGUUCUCUGCAAGCUCGGAAGUCUGGACGCAGUCAUGGGCUGCGCCUCGUCUUGAAUGUCGAGGACGUGGAAUACACUCGAAGUAUUGAUGGGUACCUGGGAACAGGUUUUAUGAUUGCUGUUCACGCGCCGGAGGUGCCCCCAAUCAUGUCCGAGAUGGGUAUAGCUGUAGCGCCCGGCUCCCAGCACUUCAUGAGUUUCGGAGUGAAGAAGGUAACAGCAAAUGAGGGUGUGGGUGGCUGUGGCAUGAAGUUUCUGAAGUAUUAUCCAGGAAACUACUCUCGGGAUGCAUGCAGACAGGAGUGUGAGAUGGAUUUCAUCGUCAGCAUGUGCAACUGCAAGGACGUUUCAAAUCCAAGCGAUGUUCAACUUUGCACGCCCCAACAGUACCAGGAAUGUUUAAUCCCAGCCGUAGAGCAGUAUCUGGAGACAGACACUGGCUGUGAAGCUGGAUGUCCUGAGCCAUGCAGAUACACCAGGUUCACCACCCAACAUUCCAGCUCCCCACUGACCAGGAACUACAUUACUGCGUACACCAAGGCCAAGGGUAAGACUGAAGAGUACUGGAGGAGGAACCUCGUUAUUCUGGAGAUGUAUAUGAGCUCUAUGACCUACGAACACAUGGAAAAACAGGUCGGGUAUGAGAUCCUGGACCUGUUCUGUGACAUCGGUGGAGCACUGGGGCUGUUGCUUGGUGCCAGUCUGCUGACAGUGUUAGAAGUGUUUGACUUCUUGUGUAUCACUGUCUUCUCGGUGGUGUUUGAAAAGAACAAAGUUCAUAAGAUUGAUCCAGGAGAUAAUUCUAAAUAA